AUGGCCGUGAAACCAAAGACAGGGACGGCACCAGAGGAAAAGCACGGCUAUGAAUUUGGAGGACCCCUGGGGGCUGCUGGAAUAAUCUUCGGCCUGCCCGUCCUCAUCUAUGCGACCAUCUUCCUCUGCAACGAUGUCUCGGGCUGCCCUGCACCGGCCUUACUGGAUCCGAGGACGUUGACCCUCGAGAAACUGAAGAAACAGACGCCAUGGCCCGAGGACGGACUCUUGGGUCUGUUCGACUUGAAUGUAACUCUAUGGGUGCUGGCAUAUUACGCUCUCAGCGUGGCUCUACAAUUGUUUCUGCCAGGUGAAGAGGUCGAUGGUACAACGUUGGGCACAGGGGGACAGCACCACUACAAAUUCAACGCCUUCAACUCGGCGGUUCUCAUCCUUGCCGGUCUGGCCGCGGGUACUGCGAUACAAGGGACCGACUUCGUGGUUUGGACCUUCAUCUGGGACAAUCUCCCGCAAAUUGUGACGGCAAAUCUCCUCGUUUCCUAUGCCCAAGCAAUCUAUGUCUAUCUGGCCUCCUUCAGUGUUCCUCACCCAGGUCAACCAAAUCCCGAGAACAGGGAGCUCGCCAAAGGAGGGCACACGGGGAACAUGCUAUACGACUUUUUCAUCGGUCGUGAGCUCAACCCACGUGUCACUGUCCCACGUUGGGUCCCCAUUGCUGGCGGUCAAGUAAUUGACAUCAAGGUCUUCAACGAGAUGAGACCGGGCUUGCUGGGUUGGGUGAUUCUCGACCUCGCAUUUAUUGCGCAUCAGUACAAGGUACAUGGCUUCGUCAGCGAUUCCAUCAUCCUCAUCACGCUUUUCCAAUCGCUAUACGUCCUCGACGCUCUCUACAUGGAGUCGGCGAUUCUGACGACCAUUGACGUGACAACCGACGGUUUUGGGUUUAUGCUCGCUUUCGGCGACCUCACUUGGGUGCCAUUCCUUUAUAGUCUGCAAGCACGGUAUCUGGCGGUUUAUCCCUUGACGCUUGGAAUCGGCGGCAUCGCUGGUGUCCUGGGCGUCCAAGGCCUGGGGUACUACAUAUUUCGAGGCGCAAACAACGAGAAAAACCGAUUCCGGACAAAUCCCAACGACCCUCGGGUGUCACACCUCGAAACCAUGACAACCGAGUCCGGUUCCAAGCUCCUGGUCACUGGAUGGUGGGGUCGUGCCCGACACAUCAAUUACUUCGGCGACUGGAUCAUGUCCUGGAGCUACUCUCUCCCUACUGGCGUUGCGGGAUACAUCAUCAACAAGUACCAAAAUCCCGUCACCGGUAACGUAACCCGAGAGGUAGUGCAGGGUGAUGCGCGUGGCUGGGGAAUGAUCUUUACAUACUUUUAUGUCAUAUAUUUUGGCGUGCUCCUGGUGCAUCGAGAAAUGAGGGACGAAGAGAAGUGCAGGAAGAAGUAUGGAAAAGACUGGGACCGCUACUGCCAGCGCGUCAGGUGGAGGAUCAUUCCGGGCAUCUACUAG